GACUUUUUUUUUUUUUUUUUUUGGUCUUUUGCUUUGUUGCAGGAAAUGGGUGCAUGAAGUCUGUACAGUUUGCUGAUUUGUGGUUGUUAGAAAGAGAGGAGAUCAAGUGACAGCACAUCUGAUAAGGCGUGGAGUUUUAGUGGAUGACUGGCAGGUGAGCAGCCCUCACCCCCCAGCAGCUCUCCGUCCUGGGCGCAUAAACAAGACAAGAAGGACACAGAGCAGGAGGAGGAGGAGGAGGAGCGGGGUCAACCAUGGAGCUGUAGGGACACGCUCAGAUGCCCGAGCAGAUCGCCAGUGGAGGAGGAGUGUUGCUGAGGAGAACAACUCUGCCAUGAACAAGACCAAAAGGAAGCCCAACGUGGAGAGUCCUGGUGUGCUGAAGAGCAGGAAGCUGGUCCAGCGGAGGAGGAAUACAUGUCCCAGUCCUCAGGACAUCAGCCGGGCCCUGCAGAGCCCCAGCUCUGCUCCCAGUGCCAGCGCUGCCAGCCUGGAUGAGCUCAUACAGCGCUGCCUCAACUGCUUCGAUUCGGAGGGGAAGCUUUCGAGCCCGAGAGGGUCCCAGUUGGUCCACAUGACCCUGAUGAUGCACAGCUGGGUCGUGCCAUCCCAGACGUUCGUCCAGAAACUUCUCACCCAAUAUCCUCCACUCCCGGACUGUCCCUUGGAUAAAAGGGGACUCAGACGGACUCAGAUCUGCCACCUUGUCAGGCAGUGGAUCAGCCAGUUCCCGGCGGUAUUUGAGGUGGACCCCCUCCUGGAGCAGACCAUGGGGGACCUGUGGGCGCUGGUCCGGUUGGAUGGAGAGGAGACGCACUCGCAGCUCAUCGACUCCUCCUGCUUAAGCCCUCAUGUGAACGUGUCCCAGGCGCCGUCGCCGUCCGUCAAGAAGAGGAAGGUGUCCUUGAUCUUCGACCACAUGGAGCCGGACGAGAUGGCCGAGCAUCUCAGCUACCUGGAGUUCAAGAACUUCUGUAACGUUUCGUUCCUGGACUACCGCAGCUACGUGGUGCGAGGUUCGGUGAGGGACAAUCCCGCUCUGGAGCGCUCGGUCAUGAUGUGUAACGGCGUCUCCCAGUGGGUCCAGCUGAUGAUCCUCAGCAGACACACGGCCCAGCAGAGAGCCCAGGUCUUCACCAAGUUCAUUCACGUGGCUCAGAAGCUUCGCGCUCUGCAAAACUUUAACACUCUAAUGGCAGUAACUGGAGGCCUCUGUCACAGCUCAAUCUCCCGCCUCAAAGACACUUCGAACCUGCUGCCUCCUGACAUCACUAAGGCCCUGAGUGAAAUGACUGAGCUGCUCUCUUCGCGCAGCAACUACAGCAACUACCGGCGGGUUUACAACGAGUGCAGCGGCUUCAAGGUGCCCAUCCUGGGCGUCCACCUGAAGGACCUGAUCUCGCUGAACGAGGCGCUGCCGGACUACAUCGACGAGGAGAAGAUCAACCUGAGCAAGCUGCAGCACCUGUACAGCAACAUCAACGACCUGCUGGCCAUCCACAGCUGCACGCCGCCGUUCGAGGCCAACAAGGACCUCCUGCAUCUGCUCACGCUCUCUCUAGAUUUAUACUACACCGAGGAUGAGAUAUAUGAACUUUCAUACACCAAGGAACCCAAAAACCCCAAGAUCCAGCCUGUAGCUGCAGUUAAACCGCCGGUCGUGGCAGAGUGGGGUUCAGGGGUCACCCCCAGGCUCGACCCCGACACCAUAUCUAAUCACGUCAAACACAUGGUGGAUUCCGUCAUGAAAAACUACGACCAGAACCAGGACGGCUACAUCUCGCUGGAGGACUUUGAAAAAAUAGCGGCCAACUUCCCCUUCUCCUUCUGCACUCAAGAAACUGACAGGGUGGGACAGAUCAGCCGUGAGGAAAUCACCUCUUACUUCAUGAGGGGAAUGUCAGUAUGUGCCAAACUGGGCUACAACUUCAAAGACGCGCAUAACUUCCACGAAACCACAUUCAAGCGGCCAACGUUCUGCGAGACAUGUGGGGGAUUUCUGUUUGGAGUCAUCAAGCGAGGCUUCCACUGCAAAGACUGUGGGAUUAACUGCCACAGACACUGCAGAGAUCUGGUGGGAAUGGAGUGCUUGAAGAAACACAAAAACACAACCGGGUCCUGCCCGUGCACGCCCGCCCCCGAAUCAAGAACCAAGGGCUCUGAGGAGGAGACGUUUGUUUUCCCCCAAAGUAACGAGGCCGAACACAACAAGAACAACACGAGCGACUCGAUGCUGUCGGACCGGUCCACUCAGACGGAUCCUGGAGUGUGGACACCUGAGAAGAAGGACAAACGGGGAAACCACCUCAACUCCCUCGUAUACGCGUCUCCAGAGAGAAGGGUCAACACUCUGCCACAUAGAGCCCGGGGUUCCUCCAUGCCCGUUUCCUUCUUGCAGGAGAAGAUGGAGGAGCUUCAUCUGUACAAAGACAAAAGCCGAGAGCCAGACUGAGCUCUCGCAUUUCCCCUCCCACACACAUGGACUAAACACGCAGACGCCACCACGUUUGUGAUGAAGCCGACCGACUGGUGUUGAACUGAUGAGAUUUUCUUGAAAACGCCAGCAGUUAUAAACGGACUCCUUUUUGGUGUUUCAAAUAUGGUUGUGACCUGUUUUUUGAUUUUAUCUGUCAGUCUUAUUUGUUCGGCUGUUAGACUUCAAGCAUCCAUUUUUUUCUUUUCUUUUUUCCCGACUGUAAUUUAUGAACACCUCGUCUUGUUCUUAGAACGCGUGCCUUGGUUCUCUGGUGCUAAGAUUCUACACAGCCUCGGUCCAUGCAAAGUGGUUCGUAACAGCCCAUCACAUUAUAAACGCAGGGCAGGAAAUUAACACUAACCUCAACGAAAUUCUGGUUGAUUUUAAGUUCGGCAGCUAUGUGAGAACUCUGAUCUGGAAAGACAGAAAAAAGGUUAAAUUAGUACUGGAUUGGCUCUGGAUUGGAUGAUAUAUGAUAAAAUAUAUAUACAUGCAUAUCUCUGCGACUAACAGCAGAUACUGCAGCGCUAUUAAGCCCCUUUCAGACAUGCAGAGUUGAAAUUUUACAAGAUUGGACUUGUACAACUUCACACAUGCACAGAAUCUUUUUAGGAAUUCAUAAGUAGUUAUUUGUAGUUUAUUAGUCCAUUAAUGUCCACGGUGGCUCCGUCCAUCACUGCCAUGGGUAUGUCUGAAUGAAGCCGCGAUUAACAGAAAAAUGUCCAUGUCUAAAUGAUAGAAACAGAUGAAUGAGGCCAGCAACAUUGCAUAUUCCACGUCUGAAAAGGGCUUGACUGAGCUGUCUGUUCCUUUUGUUUCUCUGGUUACAAAAGACCAGACGAUGGUAGAAUUUGUGCACACCACUGAGGCCCUGUCGUAAAGGCAAUAUUGGACUUUCACAUGUGGAUGCAGUUAGUUCCUCCUGAAAUUGCUACAACAAUGCAAAAUUAAGACAACAUGCAGGGAGGUGACAAAUGAAAGGAAAAACCUGAACCCUUGAGUCCUGCAGUGAAGGGAUCUGGUGGUUCUGAUAGGUUGUUGGACUGUUUGGUGCUAUGGUUUGGGUUUAUUUGUUAUCGUAGCAGGAAGAAUCGCUUACAAAUCGAUGACUUUGGGAUGGGGGGUGGUUUCUUCUAGGGUGACGAUGCCCAAAAAUGAUUUAAAUCUCAACCCAUCUGAGCACCAAUGUGGCCUCUACAGCCAUGAUCAGAACACCAGCUGAGCGAAAAUCUUUUG